CUGAGCCUCUCCAACUGCGCCGGGAGGUCAGUCGAGAACCUGGGGCACUAGGGAGAGGGGUCACCCCCCCGUCCGGGCCCGGCGAGCCGAGGAGGGGCAGCCGGGUGGCCACGAUUAGCUCAGGAUGGGAACAGAAAGGCAAGGUUCAGAGCCAGACCGUCAAAAACAAUUCCACGCUGCAGUUACUGUCAUCCAGAGUUUACCCAAGAAUGGUUCUUAUCGCCCAUCCUAUGAGGAGAUGUUGCGUUUCUACAGCUACUACAAGCAGGCUACCCAGGGACCCUGUCAUGUGCCCAGGCCUGGCUUCUGGGACCCUAUUGGACGCUAUAAAUGGGAUGCCUGGCACAGUCUGGGCAGGAUGAGCCAGGAGGAAGCAAUGGCAGCUUAUAUUGCAGAAAUGAAGGUGGUGGCCCAGAAGGUGAUAGACACGGUGCCCUUGGGUGAGGUGGACGAUGACAUGUUUGAGUGCUUUGUGCCAUUGUACGAAAUGAUCCCUGACAUGCCUCAGCCCCCAGAGACCUUCUUGAAGAAACUCACAGCUCAGAAGAAGAUGCCAAAUGGGGAUGUGAGAACUGCCCCUGAGCCCCUACCACCUCCUGAGGAGCCAGCGCCCCAGGCUUUAGAAGCACAGCUAUCCAGGGUUCCCAGUAUCCAUGGGAGAGCCUCCAUGGACCUGGAUUCUGAGGUUUUCUGUGAUUCCUUGGAACAAUUAGAGCCUGAGCAGGGUGAGUGGCUGCAGGAAGAGUUGAAGGAAGCCCUUGAAGGAGAGACUGACAUCAGCAGUGACCACUUGCUUCCAAGAGAGAGAGAGAUGGUGGGAAGGGCUCCCCAAAGUCCCCAGGAGUUUGAAGCCUGGCUGGCCAGUACGGUUCGAGCCCUGCAGGAGAGCAUGCAGGAUGUCCAGGGGAGGCUGAGGUGUCUGGAGAACCUGCCCCACCCUACACAGAACCCCCCAUCCCAGCAGGGGCCCUGGGCCUUGGAGCUCUCCACCCCCACACUCCUCCUCCUCCUCCUGUGGCCUUUCGUUGUCCAGUGGCUCUACCGACAGUUUCGGAGACAGAAGAGGUGACUGGCCCUUGGGGGACCCUGCCGCUGCCUGAGGAGAUAAUGGGGGGAGGGAGGAGGAAGGUGCCUCCUCUUUCCCAGCCCCAGACGGUCUCCUACACUGCACCUGAGCCUUCCUGGGGAAGCAGGGAGGGCUUGGACCUCACCAGCUAGCCUCGUUUUCCUCACCUGUCAAUGAGAGUGUCGGACUAGAUCUCUAAGGGUCCUUUCCGACUGAUACUCUUCAGUCUAUGAGCUGUGCCACUAAGUAGUCGUGUGAUCUUAGGUAAAUCGGUUUCCCCUCCUUCGGGCCUCAGUUUCUUCACCUGGAAUUCCAUGACCAAUGAGUAUUUGCCGUAAGGGUGGGUGCUGGAUGGAGUAAGUUCAGCCCUUCUUGGUGGCCCCUCGUCGGAGCUGCAGCCCUUCCCCUCCAGGAAGGGGCAAAUGACUCGUUUUCCCCGUCGGUGGGAUGCACCCACGAUGCCAGGACACCACCAGCACCAGAUCGCUGCUGCUGCGUUUCUCCCUCCCACCUUCCCUCGGAGCUCCCUCCCCCAGCCGCCCUGGGCCACUUGACUGUCAUUCCCCUCCCCCAUCCCGGUCCCUCCCAGAGGUACCUUAGCUCAGGCAAGUUGGGGCAGUGGCCUGGGCGUCUAUUGUAGCUGUAUGGAAGAAGGGAAGAGUGGAGGUGAUGCGAGGAGGGUGUUUAGGGAGGCUUUUCCAGCUGCUGGAGGAGACGCGGCUGAGAGGCCAGAUAGGUAGGUAGGUAGGAUGGAUAGAUAGGUAGGUAGGUAGGUGGGUAGGUGGGUAGGUAGGUAGGUAGGUAGGUAGGUAGAGAUAUUUAUAUAGAUGGGAAGGGGAGGGGAGCCGUGGGGGAGGCACCCAACUUGCUUUUGGUCACAUUUCCCCCCUGCCCUCUGGACUAUACUCAGGUUCUCAUCCGCGCAGAAGAUCCUUAAGUAUUAAAAUAAAUGAAACUUUCA